AUGGGCUUUUGCGCCGCGCUACUGCUCCAAGGAUCACUGGUCUCGAGUAUUGCCACCAGUCAAGCGGUCAACUCAACUCAGUAUUAUGCCAUCCAAAACACCUGUGACAAGCUCAACUACCGGAAAUCGUGGAACGCACUCACAGACACUGAAAAGCACGAGUUCAUCGAAGCUGAGCUGUGUCUCAUGCAGCACCCACCGGUCACCGGCCUGGUAGAAAACGCUACCAAUGUCUGGGAUGAGUUUGCCAAUAUCCACAUCACACAGUCAAACAAUAUCCACUAUGUCGGCCAAUUCCUUCCCUGGCAUCGCUACUUUGUUAGAGUGCAUGAGCUGGCGCUCCAGAACCUGUGCAACUACACUGGUGCACACCCGUACUGGGACGAGCUUACCGAUCUUACCAACGGGAAUAUAGCCGAAGCUCCUCUCUUCGAUCCAAACACAGGGUUCGGCGGGAACGGCACCGGAAGCAAGGGCUGCGUGAGCGACGGUCCAUUCAAGGACAUAGUGCUCCACAUGAGCAACCAUCACUUACGCGGAGAUAGCUUCUGCCUCUCUCGCGGGCUGAACCACACCAUUCUGGAGUUGGAAGUAGCGUCGAACGUUGAGACCUGCUUCGGCUACGAGAACUACACAGAUGCCUGGCAAUGCUAUAACGAGGCCCCACACACUGGUGGCCACCGUGGAGUUGGCGGGCUAAUGUCGGAUCCAAUCGAUAGCGCCAACGACCCCUUAUUCUUCAUGCACCACGCAUACCUAGACAAACUCUGGUGGGAGUGGCAAAUGGCCGAUUACCCACACCGGCUCGUUGACAUGGGAAGCAAUAAUACUACUCCCCAAAUGAUCCUCGACAUAACUGAUGUCCCUCAGCCCGGCGCUGAUAUUCUCGACUAUAGUGGUGACCCGGGCUCCACCACCACUCUCCACCACAAUCUGUGGAUGAACUCUCUUGUGGCCAACACCACCGUGGGCCAGAUCAUGAAGCUCAAUGGCUCUGUGAUCUGCGCGGAGUAUGUGAUUGAUGAGCGUGCGACACUCUAUAAUAAGAAUGUCCACACCUCUGGACAUUUUCAGUCAACGGUUGUUUAG